AUGUCGCUCAACAUUUUCCGAGUCCUCGGGGACUUGUCCCACCUACUCUCCAUCUUGAUUCUGCUGCACAAGAUGACCCUGACCAAGAGCUGUUCCGGUAUCAGCUUUAAGUCACAAAGCCUCUAUCUUCUUGUAUACGUCACGCGAUAUCUUGACAUCUUCUGGACAAAAUCGGCCUACAACCUGAUCUUCAAGAUUCUCUUCAUUUCUUCUCAGGGUUACAUCAUUUACCUGAUGACUACGACCUACAAGCCCACUCAGGACCCCAGCACCGAUACCUUCCGCGUUCAAUACCUCCUUGCUGCCGCCGCUGUGCUUGGAAUAAUCUUGCCCUACUCGUAUAGCAUCAUGGAGAUUCUUUGGGCGUUUUCCAUCUGGCUCGAAUCCGUGGCCAUCCUCCCCCAGCUUUUUAUGCUUCAACGUACUGGCGAAGCCGAAACUAUUACGACGCACUAUCUCUUCGCCCUCGGACUGUAUCGCGCCCUUUACAUUCCCAACUGGGUUUACCGUUAUGUUUCUGAGCCUGAUCGUGAUGUCGACUGGAUCGCCAUCGUCGCUGGCGUCAUCCAGACAAUCCUCUACAGUGACUUCUUCUGGAUCUACUACAAGAAGGUGCUAAAGGGUGCUCGUUUCAAGCUUCCCGUUUAA